AUGUGUGCAUGGGCCGGCCGGGAGGGCGACAGUUCGUCACAGCCGCAGGCGAGCGGUGGGAUGCCGGAGGGCUCGCCGGCGGCAGCGGCAGGAGGGAUGCCGGCCUGUCAGCUCAUUCGGCCCUCGGUCACUGAGCUAAGCCGGGAGAAUUGCAGCAUUAAUCCGACUGUUAGGAAAGAUUUGAAAUCUUCUGUUCAGAAAUUAUACUGCUGCCCCAUUGAAGGUUGCCCAAGAGGACCAAACAGACCAUUUUCUCAAUUUGCCCUUGUUAAGCAGCACUUUAUGAAAAUUCAUGCUGAAAAAAAGCACAAGUGUGACAAAUGUAAUAACUCGUAUGGUACAGAAUCGGACUUGAAGCGACAUGCAGAGGACUGUGGGCGGAUUUUCCAGUGCACUUGUGGUUGUCCUUAUGCCAGCAGACCAGCACUGUUGUCUCAUGUUUACAGAACUGGACAUGAAAUCCCUGCAGAACAUCGGGAGCCACCACGCAAGAAGAGGAAGAGUGAGUGGUUAAAUCAGAACCAUUUGAACGACAUUGCGAAAGGGCAAGAAACCCAAUCAGCCCAAGACACGAUGGAGAUGAACAGGGGAACCUACUCUGAACACUCCCGUGGAGAUAUCAGCAAUAACCAGGCUCCAGCACCUGUAAAACAAAUUCAGAAAUUGUUGUUACCAAAGCCCAAAGCUGCACUUGUCAAACUUCCCGUUAUGCACUUAACGCCUUUACCAGUUCUCUUAUCUUCAGGCAUGCCCAUGGAUAAUUCUGUUAAGUCUAUUGUUGUUGCUGUUGACAAUCAAGGAUCUGUUGUGAAUACGGUGCAGGUGUUGCCUGCCUCAGUGGGAACUCUAAUACCAACUUUGGAGACAAAAGCAUUGAAUUUUAAAGGUGACCUUCCCACAUCCAAGGUGCCUAGCAUCAUGAUGGUUGAACCUGUCAGCACUGCAGUGCAAGUCAACAUGGAUUCAGGCUUUGCCAGUAAUCAUGGAUUACAAUCACUUGGAGACCUGAGUCAAAAGAACAAGUAUACUUCUAUGAAUGUUCAGACAGACAUAUCUUAUCUUGCACAGAGCACAGCACCAGAAUCUCUAACCAUGUACUGUGCUACAGAGAGCACUGUGUCAGCCUGUGCACAAACUGAUCUGAGCUUUGGUGCUCAAGUGUUGCUACCUGUAAGUGUCCAAACACAAACAUUUGAACCAGACACCAAAAUCACCACGUCGAUAAGUGCUCAGACAGAUCCUUUUGGUCAGCCCUGUUUUCCAUUAUGUAAUGUUUCCAGGAAAACUCAAACUUUGGUCAAUUCUGGUCAAGAAAAAGACCCAACAGUUCAAACACUAAUUAAUGCAAAUAAUCAUGAAGAGAUUUUUGAUCAUUCUUUAGUUCCCUCUUGCAGUGUGUGUAGGCAAACUCAAACUACUUUUGCCCUGGAAGCAAUGGGCAUGGACCAAAGACUAUCCCAUACAACCAACAAUGAUGCUCUUUUACAGAACACUAGUAAAUCAGCUGUUGAUUUUCACAUUCAAUCCACUUUACUUCAACAAAACUCAAUGACAGACAAUCAAACUCAGACAAUUAACCUUUUUAAUGACUUGGAAAAUAUCCUAUCUGAAAGCAUAGCAGAUCAUUCAUUAGAACACCGGGGUCUUUUAUCUGAUGCCAGCAAUGGCUCUGGCGAGAGUAUGACAGGCAGCCAGUCACAGAAUGCGGGUAUUGACUUUGACAUUGAAGAAUUUUUAUCUGCAAGCAACAUACAAACCCAGACAGAAGAAAAUGAGUUUGGUACUUUACAGACAGAGUCUGCAUUGGAAUCUUUGGAUAUUGAAACUCAGACAGACUUUUUGUUUUCAGACCAUCCUGCCCAGGUAUACAACAGCAGGGGACAGUCCAGUUAUUUAGGACUAGAAAUGUUUGAUACACAGACCCAAACAGACUUCACUUUCUUAUUGGAUAGUGGUCCACAUCUACCUCUUGAUAGCAUCUUGAAACAGUCCAGUUUCUCCCUAAAUGCAGAAUCUUCUGGGACAGAAACCCAAACAGAGGACCUGCACAGUAGAAAUAAUUUCACUAGUACCAGUGAAAGCCAGGUUCAGCUAAACUGCGCUGAAACACAGACAACCAGCAGUUCUUUUGAAAACCUUGGCAGUCUUUUCUUCACUAGCAAUGAAACACAGACCGUAAUGGAUGACUUUCUCUUGGCUGACAUGGCAUGGAACACUAUGGAGUGUCAUUUCAGUUCAGUCGAGACACAGACAUGUGAUGAACUUGUUUCCUUACUUGAAAGUGCUGACAAAAGCACCAAUUGAGUUGUAAAGACUACAGGGAACAUGGAUUUCAGCUUUGGGGUGUGGAAGUACCAAAGUUAAUACUAUGUUACUGUGCACCUUGUUUUGGAGCAGUCUUUCGGGGAUGUAAUUUUCACUAGAACUGGAGAUAAUUAGUAAUUUUCACUAAUUAUUCCAGAUAUUUAAAUUGACGUAGGUAUUGGGGUCUUUAUUCCCCUUGCUUGGGGACUCUACAUACUUCCUCAUGAAUGACAAAACAGCCAAGUUCUACACCUUCUAGGCUUCUGAUGAAACAGGACUCUUGAUUCACCAUUCACUAUUCAAGCAUUACUUCCAUCUCUCCUAUCCAAUUUGCCUGUUUGCUUUCGUCUCUGUGCCUUCAUCGGGCACACAAUUAGACUUGAAUAUUCCAUAGGGAAAUUGCACGAUCAGGUGAAGAGCAUUAUGUACCCUGAUCCUACUCUAGUAUAUUUCAACUUGGUACAAUUUUUUUGUGUGACGCCUUGUCUUUCUCUAUUGUCUUUUGUACUUGACUAUUGGCUGACCUAGAGUUUCAUGACCAUCUGGCAUCUUUGUCUGAGGGAUUGUGUGACCCUUCCAAGCUUGCAAGAACAGACUUCUGAGUAAGAAAGCAUGUGGUGCCACAUUGGCAGCACAAUUUAUGUUUUGAGCAUUCUGUCCAGUCUAACAGCACUAUUUCCAUAAUUGUGAUGUUAAGACAUUAAAUUUGAGAUUAUCCUUCUAAUUCUUGUGGACUCCAGACAGUCCUGGAGGAUUGGAAACCCCAAUCCAGCCAAGCCCAAAUUGGUCUACAUUUUGAAGGUUGUGUAUUGGAGGGUACCUAAUGCGGUAACAGUACUCCUGGGCACUGCUCCAUCUAAGAGUACAAACUGAUUACAUUUUGACUUUGAGUAUGAUUCAAACACUUAGUUUUAAACUGAAAUGUCAGGCAGCUGAGUAUUUGUAGCGCAUUGGAAGAAAACUUUGAUCUGAAAUGAAAACAGCAAAUGCUGGAAACACUCAGCAAUUCUGCCAGCAUAUGUGGAAAGAGAAACAGUAAACAUUCUGGGUCCAAGACCCUUAUCAGAACUGGGAAAGAGAGAAAAAACAAGUAACUUUAGGUGAAGAGAAGUUGCAGAGAGCUGGCUAGAACAAAGGGAAUAAGUUAAAGGCAGACGAUGUUUAGAAGCAUCAUCUGUCUGUAACUGCCACAUUAACUCAUUUGGUCUUGCCCUAUCAAAGGUGUUCCUUUUCUUCCAUUGAUCCUUUCCCCACCUCCUUUGUAACAAACUAAGUUCUGAUAAAGAUCUUGAGCUUGAAAGGUUAACUGUUUCUGUUACCGCAAAUGCUGUCUGUCAUACCAAGUAUUUCAAACAUUCUCUGUCUUUAUUUCAGAUUUCCAGCAUCUACAGUUCUAUUUUCAUUUGAACAGGUGAAUGUCCAUAGUUGCAGCAGAAUUAAUGUACUUCAUGCAAUCAGAUUAAUGUGGUUCUGCCCAACUAAAACACAGGAUCAUCUCUUUAAAUAAAAAUGGAAUUCCUGCCCUUUCAAGACACUUGACUAGUGAACUUGAUCCUCCUAUUCCUCCAAUGUAGAAGUCUGCAGGUGUAGCAACUCUUUGCUCUUCUGUCAUUAGCUACUUAAUUUGCAUCCAGCAGCUUUGGCUCUUUCACUUAUAGGAUUAUUUCAGUCUCGUAGCUAAUGAUAUGUCAAAACUCUUGGGUUUCAUAGCCUGGAUGUUUAGAAGGCACUUCACCAUUUCACAUGACAAUGUGAAGUUAUUCUCUGCUCAUAUAUUUGCUUCUAUUUUUAAGAGGAUAAAGUGAAGAAGAUUUUUUUGUAUUAUGUAGGUGAUGGAUAUGAAGCAGUCAGGAAUAUUAUUGAACUGUGUGACUGAGCUUUCCUAACUUGUAAGAAAUCCUCAGCUGAGGAUCCAACCAUUAAUGCUGCUUUCAGAUCAAUUAAAUUGGGCUAUAAUUAAAAUAUAGUUCAUUUCUCUCAAUCUCAGUGUGAAGUGCAACUCUGAAAACAUUACAUUUGGUAUGUUUAAUCAUCUUUGCUUAAUUAGAGAAUUACUUCUAUCUAAUACAGGUCCAGGGCUGGAUACCUGCAAGUUAAUGCCACCCAAGUAUCUGGGCAUUUGUGGGGAAUAUGGAGAUCAGGUAGUAUUGGAAACUUGGGCCAUUUGAAUCUAGGCUUGCAGUGUAUGUCAUAUUUGAAACCUGCUUAUAAUGUCAUGAGUCCUUUCAAGCCUAGACCAAAUAAUAUAUACCACUGUGUGCUUACUGUGCCACUGAAUAUUUCCGAUACCUUUUUGGAAUAUACAUUUAAAUGAAUUCUUCAGGAACUCUUUUUGCUGCUUAAAUCUCAUGCUUGAUUUUUUUUUUGCCAGCGUCCCAGGAAAAAGUGUUUAAUCUUCCAGUUCUACUUUUGUAUAUUCUGCACUCUCAGUUGGAUGCUCUUCUUCCAUUUACAGUCCUUUGAAAAGUGACAUUUUCUGGUACUGCCAAUAAAUUUGGAGCUUGAGUAUAACCAGAAGCACCUCUGGAACCUAGCUUCUGCCUGAAUUGGUGGCUAAGCCAUGAUGUUGCUAUGAACUGGUCCAAGUUGUUUUACAGAACUGGUGGAUAUGUGACAAGAACUAACAAAAUCAGUGAACAUUACCAAGUCAGGGAUCCAUUUGUAAGUGUAAACUGCUAUAAGACAAGUUUGUCAGUAGAGCUAUUGUGUGUGUUUGGUUGUCAUGUCGUAAGUUUAAGGAAUAAAUUUGUAUUUGAAAACUAAGUUCAUAAAUAACUUGCAGCUUGACUUUGUAGGCACUUCACAACCAUGAGGUGUAGGAAACCUGCCAAAAGGCCAUUUUGAAGGUAUAUUUAUGACAGGAGUGGGAUGUGGAGAAUUCUGCAGUGUUGGGAAAGUGUGGCAGGGACUUGGUGUGGUGUGAAAAGCCCUGUCACAAUGUGGUGAUAGAAUUGGACAUUUGUCUUCCCUGGCAGAAGAAUGGAUAAGCACUGGCCAAGUUAGUGUUUUGGAUUACUGUCGAAAUGCAGAAUUCAAGUUGGAGAGUCAGCUGAAUUUUGGAAGCUUCAUAGUUUCACUGAUGGCCUGUGAUGAUCUGGUAGCUUUCUAUAUUUCACAAAUCCUGUUAUUUUUCUUUUAUUGAAUAUUGUGUUUUACUUUCUGAAGCUGUAUCUGGUUGAUGUGUGUGCCAUUUAUUUCACUAGCACAUCAUGCACAGUUAGACCUAAAACCAUGCAGCAUACAAAGUGACCAUCUAUAUUUGUGCUGCGUUGUUAUUUUUCAAUGUUAAAUGUAACUUCAUGACUGAGUUUGUUGAUUUUUAAAAUGAUUCUGUCACAAAGUUGGUUGUUUUGCACAGUUUAAUAAGUAUACCUGCACACACACCAGCUAAGUUUUUGUGUGUGUAUUUGUGUCUCAAGGAUACCUGAACUAUUUUCAGCAACAACUUCUAUUUUCCCGUGAAUCCAAUUGAUGUUUAAGUUGUCCUUGUCAGUAAUUAGAUUUACAAGUAAAAACCCUGGUCAAAUAUCCAAGACCUCUGUUUUCAUCUGCUCUUUAACAUAUUAGAGUAAUGCUGCAAUCAUUGGACCUAUUUAACCCCGAUUUUAAAAGAGUAAUCGGUUCAUGCACUUCUAAUGUGUCAGUGCACUGUUUCUAUGACCCUAAUAACUCAUUGCCUUAACUUAUUUUAAUCACUAUCAGUGCCAGUGUUAAACCUAUAACCACCAAUAUUAUUAUUUUUGUAUAAUGUAGCUUAAUAUGUCGUUGGCAGGCAAACUGCUCAUUUUCCCCCUAAUCCAGUAAAUAGUCUCUUUUGGUCAUGAUUUAUUGAAAUGCUAGUGCAGCAAGAAGAGUGAAAUAGUUUAUUUUUCAAGUUUAUUUUGGCACAUUGAUAAAAUUAUUAGUGUCUGUUGCUAAUAGAAACCUUGUCAUAUUUAACAGACAUUUCAACACAAAGUUCUUGGAUUAAUUGUAACAUUUCACUUAAUCAGACUUCUGCAUUAUUUGAUUUGACGAGCAACCCAUGGACUAUAACUUGGCAUUAUAGCCUUGACUACUGUCUUCACUAAUGUUCACCCAUUAUUGAAAUAGAUCAUUCCUGUAUUUAAGUUUAAUGAAUGGCAGCAGUGAGAUAUGGCUUUUUUUCAUAUCUUUGUACCAGUUUUCUUGCAAAAGAGACUUUUCAUGCUGGAUGAGUAAACAGUAGCAUUAAAUCAUUACCCAUUCAAAAAAUAAUGAUGCAGUUCAUUUUACUUUGUGCAUCCUGCACAUAUUAAGUGCCCUGCUAUUUCUAUUGGUAGAAUGUAUUGGGAUUGCUUACUUGGAAGCCCCUUUUCUUUUGUAAAUGGACGUCACCAAAGUAAGCUAUCCUAUUGACGUUGACUGUCACUGUGAUAUUUAUUUCAGGUUGAUAAGUAGCAUGCUGCUUGAAGUUUACCUUUUAACUUAUUAAUGGCAACAGACCAUUGAAGAUUAUUUCAACUUGUAACAGCUUCUGCAUCAGUCUCAUUCACAAACUCUUUCGACUUGUGGUGGGACAUUGAGACAUUUCACUGUUCUCCAGAUGCCUUUGGUAAAUAAGAGAUAAUUUUGGCACAUUGUAAAGUCAGACCAGCCGUUAGUCUGAAAUGAAGUUGCAUUAUAAUUCUAGCGUUCUUUGGAUGCUGAUUGCAGCCCAGAUACACUAGUUGGAAUGGUAAAGUUAGAUAAGAACAGGAUCGGGCUUGGUGCUGAAUCUUCAGAUGCUAAGGCUUGCACAUGGAGAAAAGCCACCUGGUCGAGGUUGUGGAAACCUACUGGCAUCUGUGGAAUAGGAGUUCGUGACCUCUGGAAGGGAAAGAGCAAAAUUGGCACACAGAAAACAUCACCAGGUCAAUUUUUUUUUUAGUUUUUUUUGUCUUUAAUUGGACACACCAUGAGGAAAGAAAUUCAUGGUUCAUGACUUCUGCCUGAAUUAGCCUUUAUUGAAGACUACACAAAAGGGUUUAUGUGACUGAGAUAUUUCAUUGAUAAACAACUGCUGCAUGCAGCAUUAACUUACACGUUUCUGUUACAUGAAUUUCUUUGAAAACACCUAAAGAAUUGUUAUCCUGUGUAUAACCAAUGAAAAUUGUAUAAAUGCAUGUAAAAUAGUGAAGAUCUACAUGUUUUUUUGGUCAUUGUGAGUGAGAAUUUGUUUAAGUUUAUGCUAGAGUAAUGUUAAAAUGUCACAAGAUUUAUUGUACUUCAGUUAGCUGAAAUUUUGCACAUUAAAUUAUUUGCUGGUGUAUAACGUUAGUGGAUAUUUUGUGUCAAAUACAGAUGCUGGUUAGAAUUCUGCAAAGUUACACAAAAUAAAGAUCAGUUUACUCAAUAUGAACAGUGUGUCUUAGUUUGAUUUGUUAGUAUCUGCCUUUUGAAGUGCUUUUGUCAGAUCGUUGUGUUACAUUAUGGAAUCUAGUUAUAGUGACUUGCUUUCUUAAGUUUUAUCGGAGGUGGGGGUUAGCGGCACACCUGGCAUUUUGUCAAAUCAGUGCAUAGUUUUGUGUCUGGAUUA